AUGACGAUGAACCACGCUGCUGCCGAAGGCUGGCUCCUUGCCAACUUCGUCGUGAUGCACACGAUUGAGAACCCCACGGGUGGUGGGGUUCUCCCUCCUAUGGACGAUAAGUUUUUUCGUAGGUGCAUGGCUACCGUGUCGAAAAAGUCCAGGCCUAAGAAGACGUUCAAGGCCGUGUUUCAGAAGUCAAAAGAAAAGAAGGUCCAGCCGGACCUUGCGUUGGAGGAGUGGAAAUGGGUCGACUUUGAGCGUGCAGCAGAUGAGUACCUGAUGCAUCGCGGAGGAGCUCGACCGCCUGAUUGCAAGUACAUUUGCUUGGGGUGGUUCGAGCAGGCGGCUACGCAGAUAGCGAAGAACACCGAGACCUCUAUGUGGAAGAACCUAGCGCGGCGCCUCCGGCAGUAUGUGAGGGUGAACUGCCGAACCAAGAAGCGCCAGAAAAAACCGGCCCCCACCGAGUGCCAAUCGUGUGACGCCGUGAAUGACAUCGUGGGCGCUCUGCGAGAAGAUAUACCAAGAAAUCAGAACCAGAAAGUGGACUGGAAGUCCACGGACGUGUUGCGAUUAUUUCACAAGUACCUGAAGGCUGUGGAGGAGUUCAACGAGACCAACAAGGAUAACCCGAAGAUCCGCCAGGAACGUGUGUACAGCAUCAUCCCGACCAAGCAGGGUUUCCGGAGCUCUUACUUCAGCAUGACAUCUACGGGGCUGUGGGACUUGUUGAGGAGAAGUCGGGACAGGCUGGAUCUCGACACUAUCGUGUACACGGAGGGUGGUGGAAGUAUCUCGCUCGGAGACAGUAUUAAGAAGGAGAACUGGUCUGGGAUUGAGAACUACGACGAGAUCAAGGGGGCGGAUCCGGGGUUCACCGACAUGUUCGUAGCAUGCACGUACAACGUCCGCUCGCAAACCUUCAGCGACGACUUUCUUAGCUACCCAGCCAAGAAGUUCUACAGUGACUCUGGUUACUCGAGUAGUAAUCGUAAAAUUCGACUAAAAAUCGGUCACAACACGGAAAUCAAGAAGGUGUUCAAGGACAUACCGACAAAGAAGACAGCUUCCCUUACGAAGUUGAUGGAGUAUCUCGACUACACUGUGGCCAAGAUGGAGAGACUCUUUUCGUUCUUCAUGACCAAAACCUUUCGCGACAUGCGGUUCCGUCGGCAAAUGUUGGCUGAGAAGAACCUGCGAGCUAUUUGUCGGGAACUAGCAGGAAAGCCUGACACGCGUACUUUGAUCGCGUUUGGUAACUGGGAGUUAAACAACAGCAGCGGCAUCAUCAAGAAGAAGACCCCGGGUCCAGUCAUGAAGCUCCAGCGCAUGCUAAUGGGUUAUCGCGGCGUCGACGUCAUGAUCGUGGACGAGUAUCUCACUAGCAAAAUGCACCACCGCUGCUACUCGCUUGCUCCAAUGGAGAACCAACAGGUUAAGCACCGAUGUCGCGACAAGGUUGUACGAACUGUCGGAGUGCGCAAGGUCUACCACUGUCUAAAGCGGAAUGGCGGUUGUGGAGCGACCGUCGAACGCGACGUGAAUGCCUCCAAGAACAUGGUGGAGAUGGCGCUGACACAGAUGCGUGAAGGCGAGGGUGUGCGGUCGGAGCGUCUUCACGGCCAGAUCGAUCUGAGAAUCACUGAUCUCAACAACGAUUAUCCCAAGGCUUCCUCCACGGAUGGGGACUUCCUGGCAGCAGAUGGCUACAUUCGCAUGGCUGCACUCCGCAGCAGCACCAACUAG